AUGCCAGGUAUAAGAGGGGCAUCCAUCCAUCUAAUAGACGGACACCUUACCACCUACCUCACUAUUAAUCUAUUACUCUCUCUUUCUCUCUCUCUCUCUCUCUCUCUCUCUCUCUCUCUCUCUCUCUCUCUCUCUCUCCUGAUGUGCCUGCUAAACGAGAUGCUUCGAUACUUAUACUAG